AGAAUACCAGAGGAGCUAACCUUAGAUGCCUUACUAGAAAUGAAUGAGUCAAAGGUGAAAGAAACAAUGAAGAGAUGUGGUGCCAGAGACGAGGAGUGCUCCAGACUCAAUGGGGCACUGAGCUGCUUACGGAAGGCAACUGAAUCAGGUGGGGAGUUAAGAGAUGAUGUGCUGGUGAACCUUUCCGAGGCACGCCGAGAGAGCACCUCUGCAAACACGAUGGAAUCCCCCUGCUCCUCUGCACCUGCAUGGACUCCCGCUGCACUACACCUUCCCAAGGGCGGCAGCCAGCAGGCGCGCUCCGUGUCAGUAUCUACAGUCCCACCUGCGGAUCCUCUUGCUUCCAGUUACGGACCUUCUAUCUAUGCAGAAAACCUCCUGGACCCUUUUGCGUUCCCCGCACACAGCGGAAGGUUAACGCCAAGGACUCCUCACAGCAUCACCAUCACUCCACCAACCACUCCUCAAACCAAGAGGCGACAUAAGUUGAAGCCACCACGGACUCCUCCUCCCCCUUGCCGGAAGGUUUUUCAGCUGCUACCUAACUUUCCAACCCUCACAAGGAGCAAGUCUCACGAAUCACAGCUGGGAAACAGGAUAGAUGAAGUUCCGCCCAUAAAGUUCGAGCCCUCCCAAGGAUCCCCUCAAAUGGUACGAAGAGACUUUGGCUUAGCUGUAACACACAGGUUCUCUACUAAGUCUUGGUUAUCUCAGAUUUGCCAAGUCUGUCAGAAAAGCAUGAUGUUCGGGGUGAAGUGUAAGUACUGCAGAUUAAAAUGUCACAACAAAUGUACUAAAGAGGCACCUGCUUGUAGAAUAUCCUUCCUUCCCAUAACAAAAAUAAGAAGAACAGAGUCUGUCCCUUCUGAUAUCAAUAAUCCAGUAGACAGACCAGCAGAACCACAAUUUGGAACUCUUCCCAAAGCACUAACUAAGAAGGAGCAUCCACCAGCAAUAAACCAUCUGGACUCUAGCAGUAAUCCUUCUUCUACAACCUCAUCCACACCAUCUUCUCCAGCACCUUUCCAGUCUUCCAACCCGCCCAGUGCAACGCCUCCUCCCAACCCAUCUCCUAUGGGCCAGAGGGACGGACGAUUUAACUUCCCAGCUGCCUACUACAUUCAGCAUAGACAACAAUUUAUCUUCCCAGAAAUUCCCAGUCCGGCGCAGAUAGCACAGCCUCCAGAAACAGCUGCAGACACUAAUGCUGACCAACAGCCUGACACAGAUGGAGUUGAAUGUGAAGCAGAGGUGGAAGAACCAGAGACUAAUAAAUCAGAACCUGAAGAUGAUGAGGAUGAGGUGGAGGAUUUGCCAAACAGACGGCCGCACUUGCAGGGGAUGAUCUAUCGCAAACCCAGCCAGACCAGCGUCUACCUGCAAGAAUGGGACAUCCCCUUUGAACAGAUCGACCUGGGGGACCCCAUUGGCCAAGGACGAUGGGGGAAGGUUUACAAGGGAAAAUGGCAUGGGGAGGUGGCCAUCAGGCUGCUGGAGAUCGAUGGGAACAAUCAGGAUCAUCUCAAGCUCUUUAAAAAGGAGGUGAUGAACUACAGACAGACCCGGCAUGAGAACGUGGUACUUUUCAUGGGAGCAUGCAUGAACCCUCCUCAUUUAGCAAUCAUUACCAG